AUGGUAGCAAUUACCCUGGAAGUCCUGGAGGCUCUGAGACUUGGAACUAGCUCUAAGGAAGUCCUGGAGGAAGAGAAAGAGGGGAGAUUUGAAGGAGCAACACCUCGAGCAUGCGGCCGCAGCGCCCUGCCCCGCCUGCUGCUACCGCUGCUGCUGCUGCCCACUGCCGGGCCGGCCCAGUUCCACGGGGAGAAGGGCAUCUCCAUCCCGGACCACGGCUUCUGCCAGCCCAUCUCCAUCCCGCUGUGCACAGACAUCGCCUACAACCAGACCAUCAUGCCCAACCUUCUGGGCCAUACAAACCAGGAGGACGCUGGCCUGGAAGUGCACCAGUUCUACCCGUUGGUAAAGGUGCAGUGCUCGCCCGAACUGCGCUUCUUCCUGUGCUCCAUGUACGCACCCGUGUGCACCGUGCUGGAGCAGGCCAUCCCUCCGUGCCGCUCCAUCUGCGAGCGCGCGCGCCAGGGCUGCGAAGCACUCAUGAACAAGUUCGGAUUCCAGUGGCCCGAGCGCCUGCGCUGCGAGCACUUCCCGCGCCACGGUGCGGAGCAGAUCUGCGUGGGCCAGAACCACUCCGAGGACGGAGCGCCGGCGCUGCUCACCACCGCGCCGCCUCCCGGCCUGCAGCCAGGUGCUGGAGGCACCCCCGGCGGCCCAGGCGGCGGCGGCUCGCCCCCGCGUUACGCCACGCUGGAGCACCCGUUCCACUGCCCGCGCGUCCUUAAGGUGCCGUCCUAUCUGAGCUACAAGUUCCUGGGCGAGCGCGACUGCGCGGCGCCUUGCGAGCCCGCGCGGCCGGACGGCUCUAUGUUCUUCUCGCAGGAAGAGACGCGCUUCGCGCGCCUCUGGAUCCUCACCUGGUCCGUGCUGUGCUGCGCCUCCACCUUCUUCACCGUCACUACAUACCUAGUGGAUAUGCAGCGUUUCCGCUACCCCGAGAGGCCCAUCAUCUUCCUGUCCGGCUGCUACACUAUGGUGUCGGUGGCCUACAUCGCGGGCUUCGUACUCCAGGAGCGUGUGGUGUGCAACGAACGCUUCUCCGAGGACGGCUACCGCACGGUGGUGCAGGGCACCAAGAAGGAGGGCUGCACCAUUCUCUUCAUGAUGCUCUACUUCUUCAGCAUGGCCAGUUCCAUCUGGUGGGUCAUCCUGUCGCUCACCUGGUUCCUGGCGGCGGGCAUGAAGUGGGGCCACGAGGCCAUCGAGGCCAACUCGCAGUACUUUCACCUGGCCGCGUGGGCCGUGCCGGCGGUCAAGACUAUCACUAUCCUGGCCAUGGGCCAGAUUGACGGCGACCUGCUGAGCGGCGUGUGCUUCGUGGGCCUCAACAGCCUGGACCCGCUGCGGGGCUUCGUGCUGGCGCCGCUCUUCGUGUACCUGUUCAUAGGCACGUCCUUCCUCUUGGCCGGUUUCGUGUCACUCUUCCGCAUCCGUACCAUCAUGAAGCACGACGGCACCAAGACGGAGAAGCUAGAGCGGCUUAUGGUGCGCAUCGGCGUCUUCUCGGUGCUCUACACGGUGCCCGCCACCAUCGUCAUCGCCUGCUACUUCUAUGAGCAGGCCUUCCGAGAGCACUGGGAGCGCUCGUGGGUGAGCCAGCACUGCAAGAGCCUGGCCAUCCCGUGCCCGGCGCACUACACGCCGCGCAUGUCGCCCGACUUCACCGUCUACAUGAUCAAAUACCUCAUGACGCUCAUCGUGGGCAUCACGUCGGGCUUCUGGAUCUGGUCCGGCAAGACGCUGCACUCGUGGAGGAAGUUCUACACGCGUCUCACCAACAGCCGGCACGGCGAGACCACCGUGUGAGAGGGGGUGUCCCCAGGCCGGGGCCGCACCGCGCUUUACUCCGCCCGGGGGGGCUCCUACAGACUCCUUAUUUUAUUUUUUUAAAUAAAGAACAGUCGAAACCAUUUCUUUUUUAGGUCACUUUUUAAAGAUAAUUCCUCCCAACACCCCUACCAGGUUUGUAAUUAAAACUGUAAAUAGUCUUUGUAAAUUUAAUUAUAUAUUUUCUAUUUAAAAGAAAAAAGGGUACGGAAAAGGAACAGCGAGGGUGGAGGAGGAGUUGAGGGGGUUCUUGCGGUUCGUCAGUGGCCUUUCAAACAUCCUCCCCACCACGCACACACUUUGGUUUGGAUUUUUUGGUGAUUUGGCAGGGCCGGGCCUGAGGAAAAGGUGUCGGCUGGUUUGUCUCGUUCAAUUUCUAAAGCCAACUCGGUGAGGCUUCUCACUGACUCUGGGCCUGGGGAAAAGCUGUUGGAUACUCUUAAACAAGGCUUAGAUUCUUGUUUUAUCUUCCCCACCCCCACCCCCCCUUUUUCCGCACUUGUCCUGUCUCUUCGCUCCAUCUUUGGAAUCCUCCCAACCGAGUCGAAGACAAGGGGGAAAAAAAAAAAAACAACAAUGGGUGGGGUGGUGGGGAGAGGGCGGAGAGCGUGUGUGGACUGGCCUCCACCCCGCUGGCCCACUCCCCUGGAGGCAGGAUCUUUCUCCUUAACUUUUCUUUUCAACCGUCUGCCCCAAGCGCUUGGAGUGGGCCGAAAAAUGCUCUGUGAAGUAUGGUUUGAAAUAACUCCCCCCACCCCCCCCACACAAACACACUACCUUGAGUACUGAUCCUGACCCCCUCCAUUUUUAGGGAGACUAUUAGCUCUCCAAUGUUGGGUUUUGGUGAUGCCCUUGCAUCUCUCCCCUUAUUUCCCCGGCAGAUUGCUACCGGCCCGCUUCCCGCCCCAUUCCCUCAACCGAAUAUCUCUGGCGUUCAGGUUAGCAGUUUGUGGGUUGGUUUGUGUGUUAUGUGUGAGUUUUUGUUGUUGUUUAGGGUUUAUUUUUUUCAAAAAGCAAUAAAAAUGGAUUGGGUUGGAGGAUGGGGAUGGACGGGCUGAUGGGAAUUUUAGCUUUCCUUUGACAAAAGACUGGUUUCUUUUUAAACUCGUUAAAAAAAGAAAAAAAUGGGUUUCUUCGCUUUGGAAGAGGGCUCUGGGCAGGCUCUUUGUGACUGUGGGGGUGGGGUUGAGUGUUUACAUGACAUUCUAUAUCACAAGAUUGAUAGAAUGUUUAUAACAGAUGUUUCUUAUCUUCCCCCUAGCCCCCACAAAUAAAAGUCAAGGCUUUUCUUAAAGUAUCUUUGACACUGGUAUGAGAA